AUGGGGAAGUUAGUGAAUGCAUUCGGAGUAGCUCUCGACUCUACCAUGAGAGUUCCGGCUCUGUUCCUUGUGGACCAGUGGUAUCGGAGUGCCAGAAGUCACCCUCCACUGAGCAUCUUGAGCUACGAAACCGUUUAUGUCUGGAUCCAAACGAACGCUGUGUUCCUCAGCGCCUUCACCAUCCUUUUCUUGCCUGCGACGUUCCUCCACGCGCUCUACAAACACGCACUGUCGAUGAUCUUACUGAUCAUCUCCCACUUCGUCAGCGACUACUACGUUUCAAUGGAAGUCGGUAGAUGCAGCGAGAACCCUAAGUGCGACGUCUUCGAUAAUCUUCCGCUACAUUCGACCACGCUGCUCACACAUGUUCUUUUAACUGUGGUGAUUCGAAUCUUUCUCGAAAAUCCACGGUACUUACAAUCCGUCGCAGGGGUGUACACGCUCCCCAUUGCGGCUCGUAUGCUCGGGGCCCCGGUCAAAACCUUACCGGCAGCUCAAUUGGCCUCGAACACUGUGGUCGUUAUCGCUGGUUGGCUGCAUGUUGUCGAUCGCUGGGAUAGCACGAGACAAGCACUCCGAGAUUUAAGAUCCAGGGUGACCGUAGUUCUGGACACCGUAGAUCCUCUCUCGGCCGUCAAGUUCCUAUACGAGAACGCUUUCUCAGCACCGACUUACGUCGUCUACUGGUUUAUGAAUUUCGCAACCAGCGCCGUCGAUCUCUAUUUGGACGAUGGGCAUAUGGGUACGAAUAUCCUAUACUUCACUCUACAAUGUUGCGCGUCGGUAUGCGUUACGCCCCUGAACGUAUUGGCGACCGCGGUCGUCGUGUCCUACGUGGCGUAUGGAACCAUACAAGGUACGUCGGUGUUGAUUAACGCCGAGCGGGGGGACACACCUAUGCACUCGGGGUGGGCCCAGGGUGCGAUGAUGUUCGUUCUGGGGGUUCAAACUGGACUGAUGGAUUUGCCGACGGCGAUGCGACCCAGCGGUCUCCUUGUGAUAUUGUUUGUCGUCGUUUCUUCACUUCUACAAAGUGUCCUCGAAAUCACCGAGCCCGUAGUUCUGAGCUUGGGCGCUUCCAGAUCGGUGAGCGGAGUGCGGCACGCGAAAGCCUUGGCGGUGUGCCUUGUCCUAUUUGUAAUGCCAUUGCUCCUUACGGCUGAACUGGCUGAAGCUUUCCCGCUGGAUUUCUGGAUUCUUAUGGUGAUAGGUACGUGUAUCUUGACCUCUGUUCGAGUACUCGGAACAUUGACGGUGCACUGUAUAUUCGUGUACGACGGUAUUGUCGACGAUGGGACGACAGAUCUCGACGACGUCGUUUACUACGCGCGUGCCGUCAUCAAGGUGCUGGAAUUCAUCGUUGCGCUGUGCGUUGUCGCCGCCGGCGUACACGAGAACUUUUCCGGCAAGUGGAACAUGGCGAACAUUGUGAUACUCGUCAUCCACACGUACUUCAACGUGUACCAAAGAAUGCAAGCUGGGUGGAAGUCUUUCCUCUCACGGCAUGAAGCCUCGAUCAAGACGCUCUCGUUAGCCAACGCCACGGAUGAGCAGAUCGUCGACUACAACGACGUCUGUCCCAUUUGCUACCAAUCGCUUCAAGACUCGGGCUCCGUCUGCAUCACGCCCUGCAGUCAUCUGUUCCAUCGGAACUGUCUGCGCAAAUGGUUGUACAGUCAAGCCAAAUGUCCGAUGUGCCAUAAGAAAGUAAUGAGCUCGGCCGAUGAGAGGGAUUUUGAUAAGGAGGCUGCCGUCAACGUAUUGCGAGCUCUGGAACGAGAGGUUCAAUGA